AUGAAGUCACAUUGUUUCAAAUUGUUGAUUCUAGGAACCAGUUGUUGUUCAGAUGUGAAGAAUGACGCGAAAACCAAAAAACAUGAAGUCACAUUGUUUCAGAUUGUUGAUGUUAGGAACUCGUGGUUGUUCAGAUCAGCUACAAAUGAACUUAACAAAAAAAAGGCCAAACAGAAAGCUGAUGUUGAAGGCUCUACAGAAUUUUUUGCAUCAGUCACGUUGUUUCAAAUUGUUGAUGCUAGAAAUUCGUUGUUGUUCAGAUGUGAAGAUUUAAAAGUAUAUGCGAAUGAACUUGAUCAGCUAUCAAUGAACUUAACAAAGAAAAAGGCCAAUCAAAAAGCUGACGCGACGGGGUGA